AUGUUACAAUUCUAUAUCUCAACGAAACUUAUCAGUAUAUCAGAUGGUUCUCUCAUACUAGGUGCGUCUGGUUUAACCGGUCGUUACUGGGCUGGUUCCUUAUGGUUUUAUGAAGAUCCUAACAAUGCACCAACCAUUGAACGUUGUAGUGCUGGGGUUCAAACUGAGGCUGGUGUUACAGAUAUUAUAUGGAUUGAUGAAUUAAGAAUAGCCGUUGCUUCAGAUACUGGUGCUGUUGAAAUCUGGCAGCUUGUUGAUAGUCGGAGCUCUUUUAAGAAUCUCUUCUAUCUGUUUGAACAUCACGAAACUGUCAAUUCUGUUAAAAUUAAUUCAAACAGGACUAGGCUAGCAAGUGGUAGUGCCGAUUGCAUAAUCAAGAUAUGGGAUGUUGCAAGCCAGUGCUCAACUGCUACCUACCAUGCUCACACUGCUCCUGUAGAGAAGGUAGCAUGGAGUCCAGUGGAGCUGGAAGUCUUUGCAUCCUGCUCUCAGGAUGGACGUGUUUUACUAUGGGACACCAGGAAACCUAAGCCUGCUUUUAAAGUCAACUCAAGCCCUCUCUACUCUUUACCCACCUCCUUGGCCUGGAAGCCUGGUGAAACUGCUGUAAUUGCAAUAGGUGAUGAAUCUGGGCACAUUGUGUUGAAAGACAUUAGAAAUGCAGGUGGUAUGAUUAAAGAUUGUCAGGCACAUACCAGAGCUGUCAAUAGACUUGCAUUCUCACCAAAAAAUGGAACUUGGCUAGCCUCAGUGUCAGAUGAUAGCACAGCUGUUGUGACGGAUAUGGCCAGUGAACCUAGACAAAUAUAUCGUAGUUACAGCCACAACGAUUAUGUACGUGGGUUGUCUUGGGAUCCGCUUAGCAACAAGCUCUUCACCUGUGGAUGGGACAAACAGGUGUGCACACACGUGGUAACCAUGCCAUCUGAAGACAGGAUGGACAUUGGAAAUCCAGCCAGCUACAGUAGUAAGGUCAAAGGGCGUACACCUAAGAGCUAAUGGCUCACAUUGGCCUAUUGACCUACAGUUAAUAUGUGGAUGAUAUAUAACUAUGUGGAUAUAUGUGGAAGUACAGCUAGCAUUCCAAUAUCUUUAACGCUUGAUGUAAAAGAUACAGUAGUUACAUAACAGGGGUGGCACCACUGGAAAACCAGGGCCCUAUCAGGGAGAGCUACAAACUGCAAUUCAUCGGGGAGAAAAAAAAAAUAUAUGCAUUUUCUACAUAUUAGUAGACCCUAAAAUCGAUUAAAUAAGUCAUUGAAACCAUUAGUCAUAUUUUUUGGGGCUUUUUCCCCUGCAGGCCUGGAAAAAUUUUUUUUGUGCCUCCAACCAUGAAAAUCAAAUCUGUACCCUAUAUAGCCCCGCAGUUGAUUCUUUACUAUUCUUAUCCCCAAAAAAUGCCUCCGGGACAUUUAUGAUGCCUCCGAUUGUCUGUCACGCACUUUUUCCAGCCCUGUCCCACAGGACCACUUUCCAAGGAUUUUAAGUGAAGGCUCUCUCUCGUCGGGGAGUAAAGUGACACCUCUGUUACGUAAUGUAAUGAUCACUAGAAAUGCCAUUGCUUUUGUACCUUUAAAAAGUUGUAUGUCUUACGGAGUUGCAAUACCAGAUAGAGGGCUCACUUUUAUAACUGAUAUUAAAUUGCAUUCUUUGUACAUUUAGGCAAGUCUUUAGCUUUCAAAUAAUAAUUAGUACUUAGUAAUUUUCUCCCCAAUUAGCGGUGUAAUAUUCUUUGCAUAAGCCCUUAAAUUGGUGAUAAUCAAGUACUUGUAAUUUGCUCUGAAAGUUGAUAAUUAUAAUAUGUGAGCUUAUUUAAUUGUUUUGUUAUGCAGAUGGUAUAUCUUAAAGCUUAGAAAUCUAUCAGGCCAGUCAUAAUUAACACAAGUUAUUCAACUAAAAUCAUGUUUUUCCAAACCAGUAAGACUAUAUAUCAGAUGUUUAAAUGUGUUGUAAAGGAUUCUGAGCAAAGUGUCCAGUAAUGAUAUUGUAAAACUUGUUUUAAUAAAUAUUUAAAUUCUGCAAAUUA